AUGAAAUUCUUGGUUUAUUUCGGAUUAUUAUUGAUUGGAGCAAUAACUGCACAACAAGACACAUCAAAUCCAAUCUGCACACCAACUCGAAAAAGUGCCAAACAUGCUGAUACACUUAUUGUUUUCGCUUUGGAUUAUGAAAAAGGCCAAAAUGAUGUGAGUUUGCUUGAAACUUAUGAAAACUCAAUUUUGAAGUUUUCACUAAGUAGUUUAAUCUUACAAGGAAUGAUCGAUUUAGUGAUACAGUGAUUCGAGCUGUGACUAGGUGGACUUUUGUCCAUAUCCAAAAGUAGGAAAAACCCCAAAGGGAUUUUGCAAGGCAAGGCUUUGUUCCCUGAUUUCGGGACCCCCUAAUUUUUUGUUCAGAAAAAUUUGAAAAAUGGCCUUCAUUUUCAAAAAUUCAUAACUCAGCUUAAACAUCAUGAAAAUGGACAAACUUUGGGCCAUUUUGAAGCUUUAAUGUAGAACUUUUAAAGGUACUACUGUUCCUAUUUUUCAGAUUUUUUCAACUUAUGUAAAAAAUGAGAAAAAAAGGGAAAAAAAUCAAAAAUUUUUUUUUUGUUUUUUUGUCAUUAUACGGUACCGGGCGGAGUAUGAGACCUGAUUUAAACUUUUCAGCGUCAAAAACUAUGCCUAGUACCAUAUUCCAAUGUAUCUAUAGUCAGCCUUUUCGGAGAGUUAUAAUACGAUUUUCACUCGAAACGCAUAGAUUUUGACAAAAAAAAAUAGUUUUUUUGUUGUUUUGAAACAGUAAAAUGUUUUAUCGCAAUAUUUUACUAGUAAAAAAGCACGAUCCAUCAUUUUUUCACUGUUUUCCGUGAUUUGUGACACAUCACUUAAAAAAUGGUUAGUUUCAAAUCUUCAAAAAAAAUGAAAAAAUAUAUUUUUUGAUCGAUGACUUCAUCCUUGGCAAAAUUUGGAAGCCUUCCUAAUUUAGCCACGAAUCAUUUUUCGAUCAAAAAAAAAUCGGCCCGAGUUUUCCGAUUUGUUGGUUCAGCGAAAAAUUCACUGUUUCAAAGUUUUUUCAACAAAAAAAUCGCUCCGAGUUUUUUCAAAAAAUAAUCGGCCCGAGUUUUUUCAAAAAAUAAUCGGCCCGAGUUUUUUCAAAAAAUAAUCGGCCCGAGUUUUUCAAAAAAAAUCGGCUCGAGUUUUUUCAAAGAAAAUUUUUUUUCAAAAAAAUCGGCCCGAGAUUUUUCAAAGAAAAUUUUUUUCAAAAAAAUCGCUCCGAGUUUUUUCAAAGAAAAUUUUUUUCAAAAAAAUCGGCCCGAGAUUUUUCAAAGAAAAUUUUUUUUCAAAAAAAAUCGGCCCGAGUUUUUCAAAAAAAAAAAAUCGGCCCGAGAUUUUUCAAAAAAAAUCGGCCCGAGUUUUUCAAAAAAAAAAAAUCGGCCCGAGAUUUUUCAAAAAAAAUCGGCUCGAGUUUUUUCAAAGAAAAAUCGGCCCGAGUUUUUUCAAAGAAAAAUCGGCCCGAGUUUUUUCAAAGAAAAAUCGGCCCGAGUUUUUUCAAAGAAAAAUCGGCCCGAGUUUUUCAAAAAAAAAAUCGGCCCGAGAUUUUUCAAAAAAAAAUCGGCCCGAGAUUUUUCAAAAAAAAAAAAUUCGGCCCGAGAUUUUUCAAAAAUUUCUCGGCGCGUUUUCCAAAGAUGCAAUUUAUCCUACACAUCAUACCAAAACCGUCUCUCCCAAUUCAAUCUAAUCUCUACCCAACAUAGGCAACUCAUUUUUAUCACAAAUAUGUAUUAUAAAAUCAUAACUAACUCUAGUCAUUUCCCCUCCCUUCCCCUAUUUGUUACAUCUUCCACCUCUCAGCGCUACCCCUUCAACUAAAAUGUAUUGGCUCUCGCAAAAACAAUUCAUUUAUUCACAAACACAUGUCUCUCUGGAAUAAAACCUCAAAAACACUAACCCAUUCUCGUCUCCCUCAUAAUAUAAUUCCACAUCUGAAGUCUCUGCCAUCUAGUCAUUUUCUCUAAUCAUAAAUCUCACACUGCACAUUUGGACUACCGUACUCUUGCGGGUAUGAAUAAAUAAAUAAAAAAGCCCGAGUUUUUUCAAAGAAAACUCGAGCCGAUUUUUUUUUUGAAAAAAAAUUUUCUCUGAAAAAAACUCGGGCCGAUUUUUCUUUGAAAAAACUCGAGCCGAUUUUUUUUUGAAAAAUCUCGGGCCGAUUUUUUUUUUGAAAAACUCGGGACGAUUUUUUUUUUGAAAAAACUCGGGCCGAUUUUUUUUGAAAAUACUCGGGCCGAUAUUUUUUUGAAAAAACUCGAGCCGAUUUUUCUUUGAAAAAACUCGAGCCGAUUUUUUUUGAAAAAUCUCGGGCCGAUUUUUUUUUUUUGAAAAACUCGGGCCGAUUUUUUUUUGAAAAAAAUAUUUUUUCUGAAAAAACUCGGGCCGAUUUUUUUUUUGAAAAACUCGGGCCGAUUAUUUUUUGAAAAAAUUCGGGCCGAUUAUUUUUGGAAAAAACUCGGAGCGAUUUUUUUGUUGAAAAAACUUUGAAACAGUGAAUUUUUCGCUGAACCAACAAAUCGGAAAACUCGGGCCGAUUUUUUUUUUUGAUCGAAAAAUGAUUCGUGGCUAAAUUAGGAAGGCUUCCAAAUUUUGCCAAGGAUGAAGUCAUCGAUCAAAAAAUAUAUAUUUUCAUUUUUUUUGAAGAUUUGAAACUAACCAUUUUUUAAGUGAUGUGUCACAAAUCACGGAAAACAGUGAAAAAAUGAUGGAUCGUGCUUUUUUACUAGUAAAAUAUUGCGAUAAAACAUUUUACUGUUUCAAAACAACAAAAAAACUAUUUUUUUUGUCAAAAUCUAUGCGUUUCAGUGAAAAUCGUAUUAUAACUCUCCGAAAAGGCUGACUAUAGAUACAUUGGAAUAUGGUACUAGGCAUAGUUUUUGACGCUGAAAAGUUUAAAUCAGGUCUCAUACUCCGCCCGGUACCGUAUAAUGACAAAAAAACAAAAAAAAAAUUUUUGAUUUUUUUCCCUUUUUUUCUCAUUUUUUACAUAAGUUGAAAAAAAUCUGAAAAAUAGGAACAGUAGUACCUUUAAAAGUUCUACAUUAAAGCUUCAAAAUGGCCCAAAGUUUGUCCAUUUUCAUGAUGUUUAAGCUGAGUUAUGAAUUUUUGAAAAUGAAGGCCAUUUUUCAAAUUUUUCUGAACAAAAAAUUAGGGGGUCCCGAAAUCAGGGAACAAAGCCUUGCCUUGCAAAAUCCCUUUGGGGUUUUUCCUACUUUUGGAUAUGGACAAAAGUCCACCUAGUCACAGCUCGAAUCACUGUAUCACUAAAUCGAUCAUUCCUUGUUAGAGAAACGCGAUGCGUUAUGUCUUCAAACAAUUUGCUUGUCAAAUUCCAAUUGCUGAUAAUAUCAAAAUACAUAUGCUUUAUUAUGGAUCAGAUACUGUCACACCAUUGACAGAUGCUGAUUUUGUGGAUAGUCCAAAGAUUGGGGAUAAACUGGAAGCAACAGUGAACAUUAAUCGAGAUGAUCCACGUGUUUCUAAUUGCAAUCGUUUGAAGAAUCAAUUAAAGGAAUUCAAAGAACAUCAAUUUGUUCAAAAGCAGCUAAAUAUUCAUUAUAUCUUUCUAUUCGAACCAUCAAAAAUAUGUAUUGAUGUCAUUGAUUAUAAAAAUACAUCUAUUGUCAUUUUUGAUACAACGAUCGGUUUUAGAAUUAUUAUUGACAAUCUGGUGGAAAUCUUCCCCUCAAGUGAGUUUAUUGAUUUUAUUGACUAUAUUCAAAUAGAUUCCCGAAAAAAUUAAAAAAGAGAACGUUAUUUAAAAAUUUCUUUUUUUUCAGAUUCCACGUCAAAACAAUUGGAUGAUUUCACCAAAAAUAUGUAAGUGAUAUCAAUCAAUAUUUAUCAAAAAUUAUAAAUUUUUCAGUGUCUCUGAUAUUUUCGCUUCAAAAAAACCACCACCACCUCCUGAAGUUGUCAAACCAAAAGAAGAGGAGAAAUCGGAUUGGUUGAAAUUGGUAUUGAUUGCUAUCAUGGUUGUUUUGAUUGUUGCAUUAAUUGUUGAAUGGACUUAUUAUGGCUUGAUGAUGAAGAAACAUAAGAAGAAGAUGCUUGAAGAGGAGAAAAAGAAAGCAGAAGAAGCGGCGAAAAAAAAGAAAGCAGAGGAAGAAGAAGCGGCGAAGAAUGCUCCAGAAGAAAUACCACCAGAUGCAAGCUGGGUAGAAGAUAACGACGAGGACGGUCAUUUUUUAGGAUUGAAAAGAGCACACCCAAAAAAUGCUGAAGAGGCUAAGAUUAGAGUUUUUUGA